AUGCGACGUCGCGAUGCCCCGGUCCCACCCCCGAAAGCGCCGGGCGGCAUACUGGUGGACGCAGGAGAUUGCGGAGAUCCGCGACUCAUGCGUCCGAGCCAGAAGGCUGUAUACCAGUGCCGGCGCGAUAAGGAGGGGGAUGUCGCGGGGACAAAACGGGACUACCUUAAUAAAAGGGAAGCUCUGAAGGUCGCCAUCAAGGAAGCCAAGGAGAAGGCCUGGGAACGACUGGUGGACUCCCUAGACGAAGACCCGUGGGAGCGCCCAUACAAACGGACGGUCGGAAAGAUACGUCCAUGGACGUCCACUCCGACGGAGUCGAUGGACCCCCAGGACCUCGAGGGGCGCCUCGACACCCUCUUCCCGAGAGGAGUUCGCCAGGGCCAGGAAGAGGCUCGGGGCAAAGGGCAAAGCCCGGGCCCCGACGGUAUUCCUGGCCGCGCCUGGGCCCUCACCCUUGGCGAAGGGAACCUGUCCGCAGCCACGCGGGACGUUCUGGAGAAAUGCCUCAAGGAGGGAGUCUUCCUUCAUGAGUGGAGGAGGGCCAAGUUGGUCCUCCUCCCUAAGGAGAGCAAGACGCCCGGUGGGGCGCCAGCCUUCAGGCCGAUAUGCCUGCUGGACGAGGCGGACAAGAUGCUCGAGCGCAUCAUUGCCGACCACCUCGUGCAGCACGUGUCCCUGGAAGGGUCGGACCUCCACAGCAACCAGGACAGGGACCUCGCCUACUCCGGGAGAGGCGGGGUCCAAGGCUAG